GCCAUUUGAUGUCCACUGCGCUUCGUGAUUGUCUUGUGUUUCUUCCAGUUCCAGUGAUCACCACCAGGGCCGCCGAUAGGACACAUGGAAAGAAACUCAGAUCUUCCGUAAAAAUGAGUUAACGUCUUCAAUUUCAUCAUUCAUUUGAAGUCAACUUUUUCGAAAAUCAGUACUAGUGAAGUGCAGAAUCAUUCAAGUGUCU